UAUGACCAAGAUUACAGGUUGUCAAAAUCAAUUUAACAGAACAUUUCAAAAUGAGAGCUGACAGGUAACGACAAAAAACACCAGGAGAGUUCUACAGGGUUAAUGGAGAUAGACUUCAAUCGUGUAAAUCACCUCUUUUAAUCAUAAACAGCUAUGUUGUGGAUCAGAUAAAUUAGUGAUUUGUUGAUGAUUACUAAAGGAACGAACACAAGUCAUUAUAACUAUAAUAGUUACCCUGCAAGGCUCAAUUUCCAGAGCGUUUAUAUUUUGCUCUUAAUUAACUAGAAAAGAUAAACAAGUUUUUGCUUAUGAGAUUGUGUUAUACUUCAACCAAUCAUAAACUGUUUCCAAAAACUAAUUAAUUUUGAUAGCCAACCUUGAUAGUAGGGCUUCACAUUUCAUUUAUAUACUAUAGUGUGACGGAAUUAUUAAGGAGCCUGAUUAUAACACUGAGCUUGCGUCACCAUAGACUAUACAGAAACGCAAACUUGCUGGAUUCGUUAACCUUGAUGAGGUAUAUGUAGUACACAUCUUCAUCUGAUCAAUGUCAGACACUCCGGUUCAGCAGUGACUCUCUAAUAUAAGUGCUGAACGAUUUUGGUAAAGAACAAUUACGAUAACGACACACAAAGAGUUUUGGAAUAAAAAAGGAAUAAAUGUGGCUGGACAAAUAUGAGAAGCUGAUGUUGAAUGCAUAUUAGUGUCUUUCCAAUCAAUACUCUAUGCACCGUAUUGAUUGUGUCAAGUUUGUGGUAGUCGCUGUAGUGGUGGUUCUUUCUAUACUAUAGCCCUCCUGUAUUUACUGGUUUCUCUUGUUGCUUCCGAGCACAUAAAGACUGAUUGGAUACACUGUCAUGUGUAGAUUUAUGUUCUACUUCUAAAAUCUGUGGCACGAUAAUUCAUCUUUACAGUGUUUUUCACCCACUUGGAAACGGUUAAAGUGUUAUCUCCAAAGGAUAAAUUUCAACCUUGGUAUAUAUAUACAUGAGAAUUUGAAGAUGAAAUUUCAAAUAGCAAGAAAUAAAUCAGCAUUAAGUUUUUGUUAAUAGAUCGGUGAUCUUACAAAAAAUAUUUAACCAAGUAAUAAACAUACACAGAUCCUGUUUUUAAGUUUAAUUCUUCCUAAGUGCCACACAUUGAAACAUGUCUGAUACAAAUUAGGCCUCGCUGCAGUGACUUGACGUUCUUGAGUCUCACAGAGGUUUGGGAUAGAUUCCUGGUGAUGCUGCUGCUGGAAACACAGGACUGGAGAUAGUCAGAUAGCAAAGGACUCUCUGUACAUUAUCAUGUAUUCUGGGCGGGCUGUACACACUGGAAACAGUUUGGGGAUUUCUGGUACACUGUACAACCAUCUUAGAUUCUAAUGCUGCAGGAGACGUCUGGUGGAGGAAAAGUGCUUUAUGUUUGAAGUUUACAUGCUGAAACUUGUACAGGAGAUAUUCCUCUAGUUAAUUUUUGGUGCUUAUCCUCAGCUGACAAGGGGGGGUGAUAGAGGAGGCGUAUUAAGAUCACGGAGAUAUCCUGUUGACUGUUGAGUAGGACAGGGCAGACAGGCCCUUAUCAUCAACGAUAGGGAAAGGAUGGAGGAUACUUAGACCGAUGCUUCAGUGUCUGUAAAGGAUUCAAAUGGCCACUAAAUGAUAUGUGGUCUUAGCUUCAGCUAGUGUCAUGGAGAGGAUUUAUACCAAGUGUCAUGUAGUGUGGUAUUUCUUUGUUAUUGUGGUUUUGUUGGACCGUUGUCAGAACCAGCGUAAAUGUUUUGUGGUGGCCAGUACCGACACAUUCCGUCAGGACCCCUGUCCUCGUACAUCAAAGUACCUCAAAGUGUCCUACAAAUGUAACCCCGACAACUUCACGAACCAGACUGUUUGCCAGGGAGACCAGCUUACCAUUACUUGCCAGAAAUCCCAAAGAAUUGUAAUAUACUCGGCGUUAUUUGGACGCACAUCCCAAGAUAAUUCACAAUGCUCCAUAGGCACAAGUACAGCAUAUGCAGAUUGCAGAUCUCGAACUGCUGUACAGGAAAUUAUGUCUCGUUGUCAUGGUCGCAAACGCUGUGCAGUGGAGGCAGAAGAAUAUGUCUUUGGUAACCCCUGUCCUCCAGGAAUUCCUAAAUACCUCAAUGUUGUAUAUACAUGUGUUCCGAAACGAAUUUUAAAAGAGAACAGUCGGCAUCAUCACAAGAAGAAGAAAAAGAAAAAGAAGCAAUCUACAAACGUGGUGAAUAUUGACAUAGCAGACAGCCACAUUCCAAGUGACCUGACAACCUCAACCACACAAUCAUCACUACUCAACGUGGUCACCAAGGCACCAGACAUAUUUCCCGCAGAUGAUGCGAAACAGCCCGUCAGGAAAGGUGACCUUACUGUUGACAAGGGAGAUAACUCAAAAGAAAAGGGGGAGGACAGCAACCUGCCGAACACAACAGUGCAAUGUAAUAACCAUACAGUGCGAGUACCCGGAGGUAUCAUUCCCUCCACCAGUAUGGAGCGUGCAGCCAGCGGCAUGGUAGUUGACUGGUUCAACACCUUCUAUUUCCUGAGGGAGAACCAUGAGAAAGCUGUGCUGUAUCUAGUCCUCGGGGUUUGCUUUGGAAUUAUCACCCUCCUUAUUAUAGUCGUGAUCAAAUUAAUGAUAAAUAAUCGACGUAAAAAGAGGCUGAAAUUGGACAUAACAGACCCAACUCACUCUAACGUGUUACCUCCACCCAAUCACCUGGACACUCCUACACUGUCACGGGCAGAUUCCAUAGAUAGGAUUGAGAUUGUCAGGUUUGAACCACGAUCCACACUUCGUAGGGAUAGAGACGCAACACUUCGGCGAGACUUUGAGUCACACAUUCCCCUAAGAACUGACUUUGAUGCAGAGGAUACACUAAGGAGUGAUCCUGGGGAUCGUACCUUAAAUAAUUACUAUGGCUGAUUGUAAGGAGAAUUAUGAUUGGUCGAAAUUAUGAAAGGUUAAACGUGUUCUGUGAUUGGCUAGUUCAUCACAGAAAGGCAGCCUCAGCCCUGUUGUCCUUUAAAUGGAUGUAUUAGGUGUUGUGGUUGGUCAAAGCUUGUGGUAUUCCUGUCACUUGGAACGGAUGCUGUGAUUGGCUGAAUGGAAUGUAAGCUUGUUUGUGAUUGGCUGAUAUGCAUAUAACCUUUGAACCUGUGAUUGGCUGGUAACAUUGAUCAGUCAUUUAAGCAUUUUGGUGAUAUGAUUUCCAGUGUUAUUCCAGGAAAAGUGUUUCCUAUUUGGUGCUUAAUUUAAUUAUGUGGUAAAGCCUGAAAUUGUGGCAUUGUAUUCCAAGGAAUGAAAAAUGACAUACAGAUACAGAUAUCAAGUACCACAGUGGUAUUUACAUGGAGUCAAUUCUCUAAACCUUUGGAAGUAAUUUUUAUUCAAUUUGAGUACCAAGUCAGGUAGUUUGUAACCAAAAACAUCACUAAAUGAAUUGUUAUACAAAUUCAAUCAGCAAUGUUCAGUCUUUGUUUUGGUAACUUUAAAUCUCAAUUACAUGUAACAAAACAAAAUGAAAUGCUCUGGGGGUUUAUUUUGAUCUGUCAAAUGAUAAAAUACUUCAUUUCAGAAUGAAUGAAAUAUUUGUCUGAAAUUGAAUUAAUGUAGAAAAAGUCAAAACGUUAUCUGAGCUACCAUGUAUCAUUGAGCAGGUAUUUUGGUAUUUUAAGUAUUUUGUACUAUUAUCUUAACUAUCAUUGAGCUGGUAUUUUGGUAUGUUAAGUAUUUAGUGUUAUAUGUAUUUAAAAUUUAUUCACAAUUUAAUUCAGGCUAAAUGCCAACAUCUAACACAGGGAGCAUUCAACACUUUUUUAAAACAUUACAUAAUACAGUGUAAACCUAUUUGUAAAAUCUUGUUCUGUUUUGUAAGAAUAAAUGUACCUUGAAACUGCCAAAAUAACAUUUUAACUAUUAUUACUGGGGUAUGUGUAACUGAAUU